CAUCCUUCCUCUUUUGAUUAUAUCUUUCGGAAUGUGAUAAGUACCAAGUCUGGUAUCUACGGAGCCGCUAUCUUCAAACACUUAAUAAAUAAUAAUUUAUGAUUUUUUUUUUUUUAAUUUUUCAAUGAAAUAAUAAAAUGGAAAUAAUAUACAAUUUAGACAUUGUUUUAAUAAUUAAUCUUUUAAUUCAUUCAAUAAUUUUGACGAAAUGUUCUGUUAGGAAUUUUGAAAUCAUUAAAGGAAUCCCAAUUAAAAAUGCCAAACUAUAUGCUUAUGGCGAGGACUUUACAUGUUUGGAUGGCACUUUAACUAUUCCUUUCUCAUAUAUUAAUGAUGAUUAUUGUGAUUGUAUUGAUUCAAGUGAUGAACCAGGUACCUCGGCAUGUCCAAAUGGCACAUUUUACUGUACAAAUAAAGGACAUUUUCCUCUUGUUGUGCCGUCAUCACGUGUAAAUGAUGGAAUUUGUGAUUGUUGUGAUGGGUCCGAUGAAUGGGCUAAUAAUGUCCAAAAAGAUGCUUGUCCAAACACAUGUAAAAAUCUUAGCCACGCAUCUAGAAUUGAAGCAAAGAAAAUAGAUGAUUUGUUUGCUCUUGGAUUUGAAAUAAGAAAACAACUUAUUGCUAAAGGCAAAUAUCUCCUAUCACAAAAACAGGAUAAAAUUAUCCCCCUCAUGGCCAAAAUAAAAGAUGCCCAGUUUAAAAGAAGUAUUUUAUUUAAUGACAAAGAAGUAGCUAAAGAAAAGGAAGAUAAAACAAUAGAAGAGGAAAAAUCAAAUCAACAAAAUAAAGCUAUCAAAAUAUUUAAUGAAAUUGAUACUAACAAAAACAAUAAAAUUGAAGUGGAAGAAGUAAUUGCUUAUAGUAUUUUUGAUCAAAACAAAGAUGGCGUGGUAUCACAAGAUGAAGUUAAUUAUUUUAUGGAAAAUAAAAAGGAAUUUGAUCUAAAAGAUUUUUUAUCAAAUGGCUGGAAUCGUGUAAAUCUUUUAAUUUUUACAAAAUCUUUUGAUGAAAAACAACAUCUAGAUAAAAAAAAUAUCAAAAAGGAAUUUCUAAAUCAAGAUUUUAAUUAUAAUUCCGAGAAUGAAACUGAAAUAUAUAAUAUUGAAGAUAUUGAAGCUGUAAGACUUAAUAAAUUAUUAUAUACUGAAAAAACCAAAAUCAUAAUUGAUGAAUCAAAAAAAGCUCAAGUACUAUUUAAAGAAGCUGACCAAACAGUAAAAGAUCUUCAAAAACAACUAUAUGAUGUACGGAAAUCACUAAGUAAAAAUUUUGGUUCUGAAGACGAAUUUGCUGCUUUAGAUGGACAGUGCUAUGAACUGACUAAUGAUGAAUACGUGUAUAAAUUGUGUCUAUUUGAGAAGAUUACUCAAAGGCCAAUAAAGGGAGGACCUGAAGUAAUCUUGGGUGUCUGGAAAGGUUGGACAAACUUUAUCAACGAUGAACCUCAAUACCACACCAUGUUAUAUGAUAGAGGACAAUACUGUUUGAAUCAUUAUCAAAGGUUUGCUUAUGUUCACCUGAGUUGUGGCUUAGAACCUAAACUUAUAUCGGUGUCAGAGCUUAAUCGAUGUGAAUAUAUAAUGGAAUUUGAAUUGCCCUCAGUAUGUGUGAUUCAAGAUAUUAAAUACUUAAGAAAACUUGAACGUGAAGAAUUAUAACUGUCAAUAUAUACUUAAACCAUAAUAAAUUGUACAGAGUGAUUUUUAUUCCUCAUUAACGUAUAAUUUGUAAACAUGUUUGUAAAAUAAUGUACAUAACAAGUAUUAAAGAUAGUACUAUCGGGUACUACAAUUAAUACAAAAACCAGUCAUAAUAUACCAUACAAUGUUACCUCUAUUGUUAAUAAAAUAAAAUUGUUAGUUAAAUUACUUAA